AUGUCAAAGGAAAGUGAAUAUUUUCCUCGUGGUUCAUCAACAAAUAAAACCGAAAUAAAAUCACAAAAAUCUCAUAAUAAUCAUGUUGAUCAUGAUGAUUUAUUUAUUAGUACAUCAUCCAAACGAAAACGUUCACAUGAUUCACAAAAACGCAAAGAAGAACAAAAGAAAAAAAAGAAAAAAUCUCUUGAUGGUGAAGAUCGUCAUGAAACAUUAUAUCGACGAUUACAUAAACAAAAUCUCACUGAUGGUGUUCUUAUCUGUGGUUGUAUUGAAAAAAUAGCUCCAUAUGAAUUACGCGUUAGUCUUCCACAUCAAAAUAUUGGUUAA